ACGUGUCCAUCACCGACGGAUGCCGGCGGAACUCAAACUAAUCUAUCAACUCAUAAUCUAAUUGAUUUUAUAUUAUUGUUUCAAGUCCGCGAGUUCUUUCGACUGGAAAACUGGAAAUCAAGCUAACAUUUUUCUGGCCGUCCUUCAAGAUUGUUCAUCAAUCGCAACGAAUUCGUCUCCGGUAUGCUUCAUAGUCUCUAGAUUCGUUGAUUCUCAAAGGAAAAUCGACUAUUGUAUUCGUUCAAUCUGUUCAACUGCGAGGUUUCAAGUCCGGUUGCGGCUCAGAACGAAUCUGAUCUAGUAUUCUCUUCUCUCCGGUAACGUUGAAGAUUUGUUUACCGAAAGAAAACAAAUAUAGGUUAUCGUUGUUUCACUUGGAAUCUGAAGUCUUUUUAGGGUUUCUUUAUAACUGGCUAUGGAUUUCGUGCCCUACGACAGCAGUGGGACUGAUGAUGAUAUUUCUCUUCCUCAUCAGAAUAGAAUGCAAAGAGGGGGUCGUGUUGCAGGGAAUGGAAGACCUGCUGUCCCUGGUUCUGUUUCAUAUGGUAUAGUCUAUAAUGAUACAGAAAUGGAGAACCAAAUUCAUCUUCUUGAACAAGAAGCAUACAGUUCGGUUCUAAGAGCUUUUAAAGCUCAAGCUGAUGCCAUUACUUGGGAGAAGGCAAGUUUAAUGACUGAACUAAGGAAAGAGCUGAGAUUGUCUAAUGAAGAACAUAGAGAGCUUCUUAGCCAAGUUAAUUCUGAUGAACUCAUACGGAGGAUAAGUGAGUGGAGACAGUCUGGCGGGAAUCUUCCUAUUGUGGCGGGUACUGGGCAAAUUGUCCGUGAUCCUGUUCCUAGUCCUUCUGUCUCAGCAUCACGAAAGAAACAAAAGAUAGCAUCUGCAGUUCCUUCUCAAUCAUAUGGCGGACCAUCUACUUCUACCAUUCCUCAAUCAAUAGGAGCUUCUGGCCAACCAUCAUCUUCUUCAGCUGCGAAACGAGGAACUAUGCUGGGAUCUAAGAGCAAGAGGCCGAAAUCUUCGGGUCAGAUGUUGCCUGGAAGGGCACAGCAUGCUUCUUCUUCGGGUGUACCUGGAAGAGCUCCUCAACUUAAUAAUAAUAAUAAUAAUAAUCGAGUUACUACAGGGGCUUCUGCAAGUGAAGCAACCACUUUUGAUCCUUUGAUUGGAAGAAAAGUGAGAACCAGGUGGCCUGAUGACAAUAACUUUUAUGAAGCUGUUAUUACAAAUUACAAUGCUGAUGAGGGCCGACAUGCUCUAGUUUAUGACAUUGGGACUGAAAACGAGACGUGGGAAUUGGUCAACCUUUCCGAGAUUUCUCCUGAAGAUAUUAUGUGGAAUGGCGAUGACCCAGGAGUAUCUCGCCAAGGGGACUUUCGACAUAGAACAGAUAGACCUGUUGUUGGGCGUGAAAGUGCUCUGCCCUCAGGUAGAGGAGUGCCAAAGAGUCGACCGAGGAAAGAUUUGCCACCAUCUCAGCAGAACGGUGCAGUCAAGAAAGGAACAGAUGAGAUUAAAAUACUUAAUACCGAUAGUUUAAUUAAGGAGGUCGAAAGGGUCUUUAGCAUUAGUCAUCCAGAUCCAAUAGAGGUUGAGAAAGCCAAGAAAGCCUUAAAAGAGCAGGAACAAGCUCUUACUGCUGCCAUUGCUAAGCUUGCAGAUAUAUCUGAAGGUGAAAAUGGAAUGAAAUUACUUUGAAGUUGGUAGGAACUUGUCGUUUAUAUGUAUGGUUUCUUUCUUGGGCAAUCCAUAGACGACCAAGACAGUUAGAAACAUUGAAUCUCAGUCUCUUUUUGUUGUAUGCAAUUUCUUGUAUAAUGUGACUUUGUAAUUUUAUAACAAUUAGUCAAGCCAUAGCCAGGAUUUCUCCCCUCUCCA